AUGGAGACGAAGCUAACGUCCUUCCUGCACAGAGCAGAGUGGGCGUUGCUGUCGUUGGAGCCUGGUAGCGUGGCCCCAAAAGUAGAUCCCGACCUCAGCGGGCCCGAAGGGUUGGAUUGCACGGCCUUGCAGAAGCUCUUGGAGCCGACCCGUGGAGGUGAGCUGGUGACCGUGCUGUCGGAUCCAUGGCUGGAGGAGCUCUCGAAAGUUCUCUCGCGCCAGGCGGUCGAUGCAGCCCUGGCUGCCGGCGGACUGCACCGUCUCGUUCUGGAUCUGACCUCGGCCAGCAUGUCUUUCUUGGAUGCUCCCUCCGGCAGCAGACCGGUCCGCGAGCGAGCUUUGUACAUGCUCGGGGUCGUGUUUCUUCAGCACUACAUGCGGGCGAACUGCACCGGCCCGGCCAAGGAUCAGGAUGAUGCCUGCCUUCCUUUCCACCCUUCCGCUUCUGUAGAGGAAGGUAUCCCAAGUGCUAUCCUAGGCGCCUUGGAGGCAGACGGAGAGCCGUCCUACGAGUUGCUGGUUUGUCCUGGGUACCUUUGGCUGUCGGCCCUGAUGUUCCGACUGGUGCCGAGUGAGAUGCCGAAGUUCGACGGCGUGGCCCUGCCCUUCUGGCGUGCUCGCUGUGCUUUUGCCUGGCAGCUCAGUUUGGCAGAGGCCUCUGAAAGAGGCUGUGGCCAGAGCCCAUCACUCUUCCGGGCCUCUGUGUACGAGCUGGUAUCCGGAGAAGCUUCGCCGCUCUCGACCAAGGGCUUCCUGGAAGCUUCCGCACUCUCAGCCAUUCAAGCCGCCACGGCCCCACUCCUGGAUACUUGGAAGCGGUCCACCGAACGGCCACCGGCAGUUACCCCGGCCGUGACCCUGCCAAAAGCCCAGGAGACCGAGGAGACCGAGGUGGAGGGUAGUGAUGCCUUGGAGGCCCUCCUCGAUGUCUUUGAGCCCCCGGCACGAGCCCCAACCUCCGCGGUUGAAGUGCCAGCCGCCGUUCGGGCCACGGUCCUCGUCGAGUUGGCGAAUCGCCUUUGCUGGUACAGCCGCCUGAAGAUCUGGGAGAAGAGCAGCGAUGCAGCCUGCAAGGCGAUAGGCUUCCACUACGAGCUUACUGGUGUGAUGGGUAUUAAGAGAGAGUUCCAGACGACCGAGUUUGCACAACUGGUUGUCCGAGCGAAAAGUCAGGCGGCCGGCAAAGGCAUCGAAGUAGAAGAGUCUGAUGCCAAGAAACCUGAGACACUAAGCUUGAAAACAGUGGACGACAUGACGGACGUGCUUGAGGUCCCAAAGCUUUCCAAGUCUGUUGACGAGGAGGUGCGGCUUGAGAUCGAAAGGCCCUUAACCGUCACUGAACAGAUUAUUCUUCUGUCCCGGUGUCAAUACAUCUGGGCAUCUAGCAAUCCCAACGACGAGAUGGUGCUGCAAGAGAUCAACGCUUUAGCACAGCGCGUUGUCAAGACGCAAGACAAGGCAAGGGAGGAGGAGGCAAACGAAGGGCCCUUAUUUACCGCAAACUGGCUAACCUUCAGCUGUGGUCUUUGGUACCGCUGCCGAGCCGAGCAUCACCGAAAUAAGACUCGCGAGCGCGCGGCAUUCCAACUGCAGUCCUUGGUCGAUCAGUUUGCAGACGAGCGUCCCUCUGCCGCCCAUCGACUGCGCACGGUCCACAGCGCCGGGUACCCGGCCCGAUUCCACCUCCAGCACGAAAUGGCCACGCGCAUGAUGCGCAUGGGGAUGAUGAGCACUGCCCACGAGCAGUUCAAGAAGCUGAGGAUGUGGCCCGAGGCCGUAGAGUGCCUCAUCUGUGCCGAGCGCAAUGUGGAGGCUGAGGACAUGGUGAAGGACCUCAUCGAAAAGCAGCCGUCGCCCCGGCUGUGGUGCUGCCUUGGCGAUAUCGUCAAGGACCCUGCUCACUACGAGAAGGCAUGGGAGCUUUCCAAUCGACGCUUCGCGAGAGCCCAGCGGGCUCUUGGUAAGUACUACUUCGACAGGAAGCAACUGGACAAAGCGGUGGAGUCCUUCAAGCUGGCUCUCGACAUCAACCCCAUGUUCGAGGGCAUCUGGUUCACUCUAGGUGUCGGCCUGAUGCAGUUGGAGAGGAUGGAGGAGGCCAUGAUCGCCUUCUCCCGCGUACUUUCCAUCAACGACGAGGACGGCCAGGCGUGGGCGAACCUUGCUGCCGUGCACCUGCACCAAGACCGCGUGAAGGAGGCUCGUGCCUGCAUGGUGGAAGCCACGAGGAGGUGCCGCCAAAACUGGCGGAUGUGGGAGAGCUUCAUGGGCAUUUGCAUGAAGCUCCGAGACAUCCCCGGUGUCAUCCAAGCCUUGCGUCGCCUGGUGGAGCUUGGGCAAAUGGGCCGAGUGAAGCGAAGCGUCCUGACGCUGGUCACACAGGCCGUCAUAGUCGACGCAGACGGUCUCUACGAAGGCCGCACUGGCAGGACUGUAGCGGUCGCCGAGACGGUCGGAAAGCUGCACCGCACGGGCCACAGCGUGCUCGUGAUCCGCUGCAUGGAGUCCGCACCCGACAGACCGGACUACAUUGCUGCAUUGGCCACUGAUCAGCUUGAUUGCGCAACUUCCCAAACCGAGCUUCUGCAUCUGGUGCUGCGAGACGAGGCAGAGCAGACGCUGCAGGGUGCAAUCGAUACUGCGACUGCAGCGGUGGCAAGGUGGCUGUGUCUCCCGCAGGAGGCAGGAGGAGAAGAGGCCACUGACGACACUGUACAUGCUGGUGACUGCAAACCCGCCUCUGCAAAGCUGGAGCGCCCUUGCCACGCUGUGGUGGUGCAUUGCGCCGCCGGCGUGAGCCGCAGUGCAUCCAUAGUAACAGCACUUGUGAUGACCUUCGGUGCCAGACUUUGUGGCCCCACAGUCCUGGAUCCACAGCUCAGCGGCACACAGCCGCGGGUUGAUGGUGGUGCUGUCGGCCUGGAGCGUGCCUUAAGCUUCGUCGCGAGUAGAAGACCGGUAAUCUCCCCAAAUGAAGGCUUCCUCGAGCAGCUGAUGACAUACGAGGGGCAGCUGCGCGCCGGUGGCGGCGACGACGGCUUGCAGCCGACCUUCGAUCCGAUCCUGCACAAGGUACGCACAGUCGCAGCAGUGUGUGCGGUGACUCCUGAGCUGGCUCGCCGUGCUCUCGACAAUGCUGGGAUGGAUAUCAACAGGGCAGCAGAGUUUAUCUUCACCGGUGUGGCUGCUGGAGAUGUCUCCGGCGCCUUAGAAAGCCGGCUGCGGGAAAGCAGGGCUCUUCAGGCACGAUUGUGGGCCGUGGCCUUAGAUGAGAACGACCCGGCGGUCUUCAGCGACCUUCUCCAGGACUUGACCGGCUGUCUGGACUUGCUCAACGAAAUUCUAGAUGACCCAGCUGCGAAAGAAGCAUCCAAGGCGCAUGUGCAGCCGUUUGCCUACCUGGCGCGGGACGCAGCGAAGCGAUUGAAAGACAGGUUCGACAUGACGGUCCAGGACACGAUGCACGUUUCAAGCUUGCGUCGCAUUGGUGCGAUUCUUCGGAAGGGCCGUUUCCCACGAUGCAGCAUUCUUCCGUAG